AUUGAAUCGCGUUACGGAUACCGAUGGCAGGCGGUUGAUUGUAGGCGGCUAGACCCUGCAAAUUCCCGCAUCGACCUGCAGAAAACUCAUUCACGCCGCAGAAAUUUUCGACAGUUGUUUUCCUUUCUUUUCUUUUCUUUCCUUUUUUUUUUUUUUUACACUUUUUGGUCCCAACUGCCCGAAAGCGUUUGAAUGGUCGGUAUUGCAAGUUUCUGUUCUGCCUCCGUCCGUUUUUCUUAUUCCGUCCUCCUGUCUUGUUCAUACCGUUCGCCUUUCUGCCUAGCACUUUGGCGAUUGCCUUAUUCUUCCUAGUCUGGUUAUGCGUGUCAUCUUUUCCAGAGUGAUAUCCGUUCCGCUCGAGGGCGCAACUCUGUAGCUGCGGCAGCCGACAGCUUUUUUUUUUUUUUUUUAGAAGAGGCCGGCCUGAAACAAGAAAGGAAACCUUGAUUCACUCAGUUUGGUUCUCCUUGCACAGCAUCGUGGGUGCACAGCAAGCAUCUCUAGAUGUCUUUGUUGCCUCGCGAUGCUUCCUCAUGCCACCAUUAGACGGUUCGCCGACAUACUUGAAUCAGCAACUCGCAAGCCCUCUCUUCGAUCCUUCACAUAUAAAUUUAUAUUCACCGAGAAAGUAUAGCAGCCACCUUCACAUUCAACGGGGCAAAGGCACGACUGACUCCUAUUCUCCUCUUGGAUGAUGAUUGUGGGCGCUGGUUGAGCUACUCUGAUCUUUGUUGAGAAUGAUGCGAGGACCUGCUCAAAAUGGCCUUGGUUCGACGCUUACGUUUGGCUUGGAGGUGGAGUUCUUCGCUGCAAUGAAGGCAACGACCUUCAACCGUUUUCCAAAUGCUACCAUUGCAAGCCUUCUGGGGGACCGCCUUCGUCUCGUCCGCCUCCAUGGGCCUGACGGUACCGGUGUUGGAAUACGAGUGGAAGAUGAUGACGACGACGACUCAUCCAACAGCGAUGCUAUCGAUUACUCCUUUUGGAACUUGACCACGGACAAGACAGCUGCUCCGAAUUAUCCAGAGUGGUUCGAAUGCUACGAAACCCAGCCGAUCGAGAUCAUAUCACCUCCCUAUCGCAUAUACUCGCCCCUGUGGGAACAUGACAUCCAGCGAAUUUUCAAUUCUCGAUCUGGUCAAUACAAUCCAAUCCCUUGGAGAGAGCUCCGCAUGUACUUCGAGCAAAACAGCACCACCGGUCUUCAUGUGCACAUCGGCAACGGUACGGACCCGGAUUCGGCUUUCUCCUUCCAUACGGUUCGCAACCUCGCAAUGAUACUGCUCGUAUAUGAACCGGAACUAGACAAGUUGCUCGACACGUCGCCCUCGUGGAAUCGAAUGCUGAAUGAGCCGGUAUAUAUGCAAUGCAUCACGUCAGUCAACAGCCCGCAUUUUCAACCUCCAAACCUCCCGCCAAAGUCACCCAGGGCACUCAUGGCUCUUCAUCUUCUCAACACUUGCCCCGAUAUCAAAUCGAUCAUUAACGUGAUGAACCCUCGGCUUCCAGCUCCCUCCAAUCCAAGAGAUGCUCGUUAUUACAAGUAUAAUUUUACUCCACUUCUGGAUUCCCUGGAUGCACCUGCUCGCAACAUGAUUAACCAUGAUGACAACAAUAAUGAUAAUAUAUUCCCUAAACGAAAACUUCCCACGAUCGAAUUCCGUCAGCAGCCAGGCACUCUAGAUCCGGACACGAUGGUUCACUGGAUCAGAUUCUUAGGAGCUAUGGUUGAUUUUUCGGGGAGGAUAGGCAUUCAGACUCUGAUAGAGUUCUUAGGUCUUGAAGAAUGGCGCUUGGACGGCGCCAAUCCCGCCACGGCUGGAUCGGACAGCGAAGAUCCUCCCAGUCCCACUUAUACACAGCAUGUACCGACGUAUUCGACAGCUUCUCCGCCUUCUCUUUCCGCAUUCUCCCUACUCUCCGGCUUGCAGCCCGUGGGGUCGCUCUCUCGGCUCUUAACUGCUAUGGAAACGGCUCAUAUCCCUCUUGACCCUGACACGACGCGGUUUUGGCGUCGAAAGGUAGCGGCUGACUCUCCGCAUAUACCGGCGUGACUAACAUCCGUCAAGUACGCACAAAUACAGUCGUUCAAUAAAAGUCCACCACAGAAUACUAGACGAAACAAUGCCCAGAGCUACAAUCUGUGACGACAUCGAAAACACCUACCUGGAACAUGAUCCUGUCGCUUAUGGACCAUGGAAAGGUGGUCUUACCCGCGGCGUCCCCCUUGCACCCAACGAAUCAAUAUCUUAUAACCCCGUACCUUAACGUCAAAUUGGCAUGAAACGAACGAGAGAAACGAUAACAGCCGAUGACUUCUUGAGCGCGAAUAAAAGAACAACAAAUAAAAGAAAAAAAAAAAAAAAGAGGGAGAGAGAAGGCUAUCAGUAAGGGGAUCGGAAUUUCAGGUUUCUUUUCUUUUAGAAUGAUGGAACUUGGUUUAAUUUGAAGUCGAGUGCAUUGUAGUCGAUCCCCCAAUCCCGGGUUCACAUUUUACACAGGAGAGAGCAAACGCGAAAAAUAAAGACGCGAUCGUCCCAAAAUCCCCGCCGCGCGCUUUCUCUCAAGCAGCAGAACCAAAAAGAUAGCGAUACCUGGGGUUUCAGAAUGCAUGGCCCAUAUGGAGUACAUGCUUCUGCUUUUCCUUGCAUAUGUCGGUUUUAAUUUCAUAUUUCUUAUGCCCCCCCCGCCCCCACCCAGAAGAUUGUGUUGUCUUCCAAUAUUGUGUUAGAAAAAGGGUUUUGCUUUUCUUUUCAGACGGCCGGUCGAUUAAGAUAAUUUGUGUCGUUUCAUUUGCUUGGUAUUCAUGAUUAUCUUUGCUCCUUUGGUCAUAUGCAUUAAAUGAAAGUCCCAUCUCGAGGCUUCUUUAUGCUUCAUUGACGACCGUGAGUGUAUUAUCCACGCAAACACAGGAGCAAUAAGCAAAAAAAAAAAAUAAUAAUGCGGGUCUCGGGAGAGAAAAGAAAAAAAGAAUCUCAGGGAAGAAUAUGCAAUAAUAUCGAUUGCGUUUACCAAACUG